AUGGGACCUGGACCUGAUCCGUGUAAUCUUAUUGUGAAUUACAUUCCAACGGACGUCACGGAUGAGCACCUCACGGAAUUAUUUAAACCAUUCGGCUCAUUGGUCUCCGCUCGUGUGAUUCAUAAUCAGGAAACGAAACAUCCGAAGGGUUAUGGAUUCGUGGUUUACACAACAAAAGAGGCCGCACAGAGGGCGAUACAUCACAUGAAUGGGUAUAAGAUUUACAACAAGACUCUGCGUGUGUCUAUAGCGCGAGGAGAGAAGUGUCAACAUGAGAGACAUUCCCAUCAUGAGAUGCCGGUGAGGCCGCUUAACAUGUUGUCAGAACCAAACCUGCCCUCUCCGUUAACGUCUGGUGCAUCUCCAGUGGGAAUCAACAGUCCUCCGAGCCACAUCCAUACCGCAAUGCAUAUGAAUAAUAAUAAUAAUAAUAAUAAUAAUAAUAAUAAUAAUGAUAAUAAUAAUAAUAAUAAUAAUAAUAAUAAUAAUAAUAAUAAUAAUAAUGGUGCCUAUAUCGAUAACGUCAACACUCACAUGGACAAUAAUGGUGCUCGUCCGAUUGUUCACGCCGCUGCUGCCGCCUACGUGAUGGGAAGUGUUCCUCCUGCCGGCUAUUAUGCACCCGCAGCCCCGCCCUUAUCGCCGCAGCCGUGCGUGGUGGGGGGCGGAGGAACACCGCAGAGUCCACAGCAAUGGACGGCGGCCGCUGCGGGCACACAAACAGCUCCCGGCAUUCUCUUGUAUAAUCCCACACAUAAUGCAUAUGGUGGGAGAAGCAGCACUGAGACUGCUGUGCCAAGUGCAGAUGGGGCAGGGCUCCGUGAUUGGGUGCCACUGCAAUCAACGCCAUCUCCCUUAAUACCACAACAGCCACAAUUGAUUUUGUGCGGAAAUAUUGUCUUGCCAUGUUUUCUUCAGCCAGGUCAGUCGACUGUUGUGUCUAACACUUUGUUGAAUUACACCAACACCUCUUUCUCGAGUUCACACAGUUCUUUUGGUCCCAGCAGCGCCGGUCCCAGCAGCAUGCUAAUAGGCACUCCAAGCACACCUAUUCCCACCGAUUCCUUUGCUUUUGCUAAUUUGAGUGAAAUACACAAGCAGAGAUAA